GAAAGCACCUUCUCUCAAUGGGUCAUACAUAAAUAUAGCUACAGGGAUAUAGAUCUAGAAGCUAGAUGUAUUCCAACUAAUUUAUUCUACCUUCCUGUGCACCAAUGUCAACUAAGAGUCAAGCAGCGUUGAGUGAAGACUUGCCUAGUGUCUGGUCUAUGACCACCAUGUGGACAACGUUAGAUGUCUAUCGUUACAUCUGUGAUAUUGGAUUCUCCAAAUACGCUGAAUGCUUCAGACGGAACGCAAUCAAUGGUAUUGACUUAGCGAAGUUGACUGUCUAUGAUCUACAAAGACUUGGAGUACAUCACAUGGAAGAUGCUAUACGAAUGCACUCAAUGAUCAGCACUACUGCCAGGACCAUGCUGUAUAAUUUUGAUGAUGCUCACAAUCCACCAAACAUUUCCUAUCUCGGAGCAGGAAAUAGGUCCGUGAACUCAAUGCAAUGUACCAAGAUCAAGUUCCCUCCAUUGCCGAGUCAAGACCUUCGCUUACCCUAUCGGAAUCAAGGAGACCGGUAUUACAGAUAUCAACUUCCUGUCCAGUCUUUUCAUGACCACUGCAUGUCUAUGGGAAGAACAGAUGCUUGGAAAAUGUAUAAUUCUCAGUUCUGA